GUUCCGGUCGCGUCGGCCGUCAUUUCCAUUUUUCACAGUCUAGUUUUUCUGGUAGUGGGUAGUGUAUAUGGCAAAUGAGCAUGUUGGCUAUUAAAUUUAUUCUCGUAAUGGCUGCCACGAUCAAAGUUUAAUCCAUUGGUUAUGUCAUGUAAAAAUAGAUCAUACUGAUUAGUGAUAUACUGAAAAAUCAGGAAUCAGAGUUACUGGACAAUGGUUGCUAGAAAAGUGUUUAACUAAUCACGCUGGACGUUUUCCCUUGAAUUCGUUUGUGCAAAAUCUAAAACUAAAACGAUAUCUAUGCUUCGUAAAAAGCGAUUGUAUCGUGUUAAAUACUAAUAAUAAGCCGAAAUAAUGGAUCCAAGAUCGUCAUCAGCCUUGUUUAAAAGGGCCGAACAAUUAAAAAGAUGGGAGGAGUCGGAUACCAACAAGCAGUCUGCGGUCCCGAAACGCGCUACAAGGAUACAAUUUUCUCCUGGGAUUGUUUUUCUUGCAGCUUGUACAGCUGGUGAUAAGGAAGAAGUACAGCGAUUGCUAAAACUAGGCGCGGACAUAAACACAUCAAACGUAGACGGCCUCACAGCUCUGCAUCAGGCAUGCAUCGACGACAACUUCGACAUGGUACAGUUUUUAGUUGAACAUGGAGCAGAUGUCAAUCGUGGCGAUAAUGAGGGCUGGACCCCGUUACAUGCUACAGCUUCUUGUGGCUUCGCUAGUAUUGCAAGGCAUCUUUUGGAGAAUGGCGCUGAUGUGGCAGCUGUUAAUUAUGACGGAGAGUUGGCUAUUGACAUCGCUGAAAGUGAUGAAAUGGAGAAGCUUCUACAGACUGCUAUUGAUGAAAAAGGCGUUGAUUGCGAAAAAUCACGCAGCGCGGAAGUUAUUAAACUUAGCAACGAUUCGAAGAACUGGGCAGCAAAUGGGUACUCAGAUGUCCGAGACCCUAAAACUGGAGGAACACCUUUACACGUCGCUGCUGCAAAGGGCUAUAUUGAUGUGGCAAAGACGUUAUUAGAGGACUGUAACGUAGAUCCAGAUAGUGUAGAUUUCGAAGGAUAUACACCCUUACACGCGGCUGCUCUUUGGGGCCAGAAAGAAGCUGCUGCUAUAUUAUUUAAAUUCGGGGCUGAUCCUAACAUCAAGAAUUAUUCGGGACAAACAUGCUUAGACCUAGUCGACCCAAGUAUAUCAGCCUGGCUGAAAGAGGCAGCGCAAAAAGCGCCGCAUCGCGUUAAUAAUAACGUCAAACGCACACCACAGAAACAUGACGUGAAAUCCGUUGAAAUCCAAAUACAUAAUUCGGAUAUUGUUAACGAUAAACCACCGAGCUCCGAGAUAAUUACUAAGAUCGAAGGGAAGCCUCCUAAAGCACGACCGCCUUCGCCGGAUCCUACGGAGAAUUCUGAGAUUGUGAUACCCGAUGAGCCGCCAUCUUGGCGCCGAUCGGCUUCAUUCAGGAGCAGGCUUCAGGAGAAUACACGUGAAAAUAAACCAACAAAUAACAAUGUUGAUACAGAUCCAGUUAUUCUGCGAAGAACUCAUAGCGUUGAGGCUUUCUAUCAACGCUACCGUGAAGUGACCGCGCGUAUAAAGGCGACAUCGUGUCCUUCGAUACCACCGGUGCCUCAGACCGCGCUAGCAGCACUCGAGCUGGGGAAAAAGAAUAAAGAGAUUAACAAUGCUACUAAUGACGUCAGCCAGACAAGGGUAAACGACAAAAAGGAAACGGAUACCAAUGCUUUGACUGUACCAACUACGUCGUCUAGUACAGUUACAAAUAACACAACAACUCGGACGACUGUUAGAAGUGGUACGGAAAGCGUAGAGUCGAACAGUAGCAAUUCAACUCCAAGUUCAGCGACGCCAACCAAACUGUCGCCUGGGAACAUUUUCAAGAACUUCUUCAAGUCGUUCGUUCCGCCAGUACGUGAUGAUGAAAGUGAAACUCAGAGGAAGGUUCACGCGAAACGUGUACGUGAGACAAGAAGAUCCACUCAAGGCGUUACUCUUGAUGAGAUUAAGUCCGCUGAACAGUUAGUUAAAAAUAAGACUAACAAUGGUACCACAGAUACAUCGAACGUAACCAAGAAAGAAGAAAACCGUACGGCGCGAGCAUUCGCGACGGGUGGCAGGGACACAGCCGUUUCGUUAGCGCUUGCGUGCGUCACAGCUGCUGCCACGGCGACAAUUGCGCCCAACAGUGAGCGACACCCGUCUUGGCGACUGCGAUUCGAUCCCAAUAAUAAGUUCGAAUUAGAGGAUGCAAAUCUACCUCCACGGUCCACUACCGAAACGGAAGCAACAGUUACCUUACCCCUUCGUCGCCCACCAUCAGUGAAGGAUAAUAACCGCACUGGUAACUCUGUAACACCAACAACAGAAGAAGAGAAAGAUCGCGAAAGUAGUGUCGAAAGUAAAUCGUCGAGCAAUGCAUCGUCAUCAAGCACCCAGGCGGCGCUCAAUGUGAUUCAACGUCGACGCCGACCAAAGCGACGUUCAACCGGCGUUGGACAUGUAGAUAUGGAUGAUAUUGUUAAUGACCGUGUGGGAGGCAGCGAAGGCGACGGUGAUUCGGAAACGGCACAAUCUUGUAUAACCCAUGGCCGCUUUGUAGAAACCGCAAUCCUGAUUCGCACACUUGAGUCGGGAAGUGAAAGAACUGAGGAGCCAGACGAAAAAGACUACAAGGCCUUGUACGAAGCUUCGAGGAAGGAAGUGAAACAACUACGAUUACUGCUUUCCACCUCUGAGCAACAACUACGCGAGGCCCGCGCGACUAUCACCAGACUCACACAAGUGAAUCAAAAUUCAUUGUCAGAGAUAGAAAAACGCGAAAGGAGGGCCAUGGAAAGGAAACUGUCCGAAAUGGAAGAAGAGCUUAAGCAAUUGCAAAAGUUAAAAGCCGAGAACGAAAGGCUGAGGGCUGAGAACCGUGCGCUUACUAGGGUCGUAAGCAAAUUGACCAACUCGGCCGCAAAAUAGAAUCAACAAGCGUUGCAAGCAGAAAAUCAACGAUUGAAAAACGAAAAUGGAGCAUUAAUUCGUGUAAUUAGUAAACUAUCCAAGUGAUAAUGUAUUGGAUAAUUUAUUCAGGCUAAGGCAAUUGCGAGCGAGUCGUAUGGACAAUUUAUACGUGUUACAUUUUGUACUUUUGAUAAAGAUUUGAAAAUAAUGCAAACGAUAAUUUUGUCUCAAUCAAAUCGGAUUUGCGUGUUUUUCUACUUCACCGAUUUAAUGUUUUUAACCUUUAUACAGUAUUAUGAAUAUCAAUAAAAUAAAAUCAUCCAUCACCAUUGCAAGUGUGAUCAAUUUGCUUUUAAAAUUUAGAUAUUAGUUAUUUCAGAACAAGGCGGCCUAUAUUUAUUGCUUUGAAGGAUAACCUGAAACCGUUGAAUAUUCCACUGUACAUUGGUCUUACACUUGUCAAAAGUCGUCAUAAAUUUGUUAUUGGUUAAUCGUAACUUUAUAUGAAUCUAUUUAGAAUAUACUUUUUAAACGAGCGGCGGUAAUACUUGUAUUACUAAUGCAUUUAUAUAACGUAGAUGUAUACAAUAGGUAGUCACGAAAUAAUUGGAAAUGUGAUAUAUCAAUUACUAAACUUUUGAACAUAUGAACUUAGAUGUAUGUUAGGUGUUUUAGUAUUUUGAAAAUAUAGUAGGUUAAAGAAUUGUUUCUUCAUAUAUUAUUUAAUUGAAGGACUAUUGUCUUGUUUUUCUUUGUACACUAAACGUUGAUAUUUAUUGACUUUAUUUUUGUAGUUUAAAUAUACAUCACCUUAUAGAAUGUGUUCGACCAUAUGAAAUUAAUUUGACCUAUUAAACGUCAGCAAAGGCACCGUGAACUUAAAGUCUUACCUUUUAAUAAAAACUAAACCGGUCUAACAAUAGUUUUGACUAUACGAUUUGACUGGCUUAGUUAUUAUAAAUGUGGUAAAAAUCAAAGUCUUAAAGGACUAACGGCAAUUUUUACUUAAGAAAGAUUUUAAGAGAUUUUGGCUGCUUUUUAAUACAUCACACCUGGCACCGAUGGCAACGGCAAAAUGACACCGAAUCAUCGAUACGCACUGUGUAACCGCUUAUUAUUAUCAUAAAUAUAUAAAGAUUGUCUGAAAAUAAUCGUCACAGCUAUCGUUCCAAAUUGUAUGCCGGCUUUGUUUUCAUAUCAACAUUAUUAUAAUUAUAUCUUUUUCGUAUAAGUAUAGAAUGCCAUAGCUCUUGAAAAGGGUGUUUAUAGUUAAGUAAGCAUGUUAAUUUUAAUUGUUAUUUGUAGUGGCAAGUUUUAAUUUUGUUUUAUUUUAUUUUAUAGAAUACAAUAAUUGACGAUAAAAAUAUUUUCGGUUUUUGACUUUUGCCUACGAUUAAAUUUGACCUUUUUUAUUUAUAUUAAAACCUAACUUAUUGCUUUGCCAUGUAUAAAUUUAAAGAAACGAAACUUAAACACAUUUCUACGGGCCUUGAUGUAUUUCUGUCAAAUCACGCAAAGGUUUUGGGAACAUGUCGUUAAGUUUUAUUUCUUAUUCCUACAACUGUAAAUAUACGAUUUAUGAAUUAAGGAUUUAAUUUAUUUAACUCAUUCUUAUAUUUUCAACGUUGGUCAGUCUAUAAAUUAUAUUUAAAAUAGGGAACUCGCUUCGAAAAUUAGCAUUAAAAAAUAUAUUUAUUGUUAUUAUAGGAGUAUUAAGAUGUUUAUUAAUAUUUUUAUUUAGAUCUCUAGUAUGUUUCCUUGCCAUUUCCCUAUUUUAAAACAUUCGUCGAUCAUGUAAGUUGAGUUUUGAUAAGCAAUUCAAAAUGGUUAAAAUCAUUAUUAAAUCUCCACUUUCUUAACGAACCUUAGGAAGAGUUAAUCGUAACGUCAACGUGCUUAUUUUGUUUAUUAUCUUCUCAUCUCUUUCUCUCAACUCAACUUGUAUGAGAUUGUGUAUUUUUAUUUGUGACAUAAAUAUGCAAUGUUCUUUAGAUUUAAGGAUUUACAGGAUUUACUUAACGGCUAAAUAAAUUUUUAUCACAAAGUAAAACAUUAAACCCUCCUAUAUUAUGUAAAGCCUUUGUAGAGAACAAAGAAUAAAGAUAUUGAUUUCUGAA